AGAGAAAAUUAAAACACAAAGGAAUUGCAGACAACUUGCAUUAUUGUUUGUAAAAGUAAAACAUAUUUUUUUUUACAAGAUUUUUAAAUAAACGGCUUCAAAAUUGGCAAAGCAAGGAAAAGUAAAAAAAUGAGUUAUAACGACAAGAACGAGUGUAUUACAAAAGAUGAGUGGAUGCUACGUUUGGAACAUCAUUUUCCAUUUAAGCAAGCAGACAUGAACCGUUUAAUAAUGAACUAUUUAGUGACAGAGGGAUUUAAAGAGGCUGCUGAAAAAUUUCAGCAUGAAGCAGGUCUGGAACCAUUGAUUGAGCUAAAUUCGCUAGAUGAUCGCAUAUUAAUUCGCGAAGCUGUCCAAAAUGGUCGUAUACAAGAAGCAACUCAUUUGGUUAACCAAUUACAUCCUGAAUUGCUUGACAAUGAUCGUUUCUUAUUCUUUCAUUUACAACAAUUACAAUUAAUUGAAUUAAUUCGUGGUGGAAAAAUCGAAGAUGCAUUGACAUUUGCUCAAACAAAGUUAUCAGAAGCGGGUGAGGACAUUCCAGACAUACUACCUGAGUUAGAACGUACGUUAGCAUUAUUGGCGUUUGAAAAACCACAAAACAGUCCUUUUGCUCAUUUAUUAGAACAAACUCACCGACAAAAGAUUGCCAGUGAAUUGAAUGCUGCAAUUCUGAAAUGUGAACACAGUGCAGAAUCAACGCCAAAGGUCAUGUUUUUACUAAAAUUAAUUUUGUGGGCUCAGUCUAAGUUGGACAGUCGUGAUGUUAACUAUCCCAAAAUGAAGGAUUUGGAAAAUGCCCUAAUCGAUCAAAAGUAAAUGAUGUAGCUGCAACUUGUUUUAAUUAAUGUUUGGAAUUCGAAAGUUUCAUUUUAAAUAAGUUAAGAAAAAUAAUCUUUUUUUAUUUCUUUAUACAAAAAAUAUUUAUUUGUUUAAUAUUAAUAGUUUAUAUAGAAAAACAAUUAUUUUAUUAAUCAUAAUAUUAUUAAAAUUUUUUAAUUUAAAACAGAAAUUAUUGAAAUAAAAAACAAUAUAUAA